GUUAAUAGAGAAAAUAACAAAGUAUUAAUCGUCGCUAUAUUUGUUGAUGAUGGUCUAGUUGCAGCUACAUCGAGUCAGGAUGUACAUGCAUUAAUUGAAUAUUUGAGACAACAUUUCAAUAUUACCGAAGGAGAAUUGAAUCAAUUUUUAGGUACAGAAAUUGAGCGAAAAUCUGAUGGAUCAAUUGUAAUGCACCAAGGGUUGUAUUGUAAAAGAGUAUUGGAGAAGUUCAAUAUGACUGAAGCAAAAUCAGUUCAAAUACCAGCAGACCCUCAACAUUCAUUAGAUGACAAGCAACAAAAUACUAAUUUAACUAGUAAAGUCCCAUAUCGUGAAGCAGUCGGAAGCUUAUUAUAUCUCAGUCAGAUUACAAGACCGGACAUAACUUUUUCAGUAAAUCUAGUUAGUAGAUACAUCGAGGAUCCAAAGGAACAACACUGGACAGCAGUGAAACGAAUUUUAAAAUAUUUAAAGGGAACUAUUAAUUUUGGAUUGGUAUUUAGUUCUAGACAAAAACUCAUGUUAAAAGGAUACAGUGAUGCUGACUAUGCAGGUGACUUGGAUACAAGAAGAUCAACAUCAGGGUGAAUUGCUGGACCAGCCAAAAACGGUGCCAACAAUGUAUGGAGACAAUCAAAGUGCGAUUAAACUCGUAAAAAAUCCAGAGUUUCAUAGAAGAACGAAGCACAUAGAUGUUCGCUACCACUAUAUAAGAGAAAAGUUCAAUGAGGGAUUGUUUUCAUUGGAGUACAUAUCCAGCAAGGAGCAGAUUGCGGACAUUAUGACAAAACCAACUCCACGAACGCGGUUCAAUGAGCUAAGGGAGAUGUUAGGAGUUAUAAAUAUUGAUGUAUAAGGGUAUAUUGUUUAAGGGAAAGUGUUGGAAUUAUAAACAAAACACCCUAUAUAAUGUAGUGUAUAAGUAAUAUAUUCACACUGUAGUUCAUCAGACGCUGACUAUACAUUUUUAUAUACUACAGCAUAUUAUAUGUCCUGCGUAGUGUAGCCGGGUAUACAUAGUUAGUCGUUGAUUUAUAUUACGCCUCGUAACACUAUUGUACAUCGUAUCAUUAUACUUAUUAUUAUAUUAUAUAUAUCCGAUUAUAUUAUUAUUUACCUUUUAACUUCUGUA